AUGGCUCCGGCUGGCCUCCUGGUCUUGCUGCUGCUUAUGCUGGGGUCCUACUGGAGCUCUUUUGCUAAAAAGAAAAACUUGCAAUCAGUGUGUGGACGCCCUGUGUACUCUGGACGCAUUGUGGGUGGCCAAGAUGCUGCUUCGGGGCGCUGGCCUUGGCAGGUCAGCCUGCGGUUUGAGCAGACCCACACUUGUGGAGGUUCCCUCAUCAGUGAGCACUGGGUACUGACGGCAGCACACUGCAUAGAAAGGACCUGGUAUGCUUAUUUAUAUAGUGUGUGGCUUGGAUCCACUGAUGUACACGACUCGGACACAGGCAAAGAAUACUAUGUGUCCAGAAUCGCCGUCUACCCCAAACGCCACGGUUUAAGUGCAGACAUCGCCCUGCUGAGAUUGUCUUCCGCGGUCACCUUCACAUCUCUCAUUAUGCCCAUCUGCCUGCCCAUUACCUCAAAGCAGCUUACAGUUCCGCCUUCUUGCUGGGUGACUGGAUGGGGGCAGACUAAGGAAGAUCUCUCUGUAAGCAAGUACAGUUGGAAGAUGGGUGAUUCUUGA